AUGGGCAUCACCCUUGCACAUCGUUCUAAAGAAGGAUUCGACCUUGUGGCGACUAUCGGGCCCGCACCACUCCGGAUAGACGAGUUUUUAAUCACAUCCGAAAACGAAGAACAACACCACGAACACUGGCGGAUUUUGUUUAAACACCUUAACGAGUACGGGGUCGUAAUAUAUAUCGCGAAAUGUGAAUUCGACGUGAGCGAAAUAAAAUUCCUCGCCACUCCCGUAACGUCCGAUGACUUCAUCCUUACCAUCUGGGAAGGCCGGCUGCCGGUUCACGUGCAGCAUAUUCUGGACGCCAUGCAGGAUAAGAGCCCCGAAACGCUGACCCGGAUCGCCGGCAGCAUUUACGAAAUACACCCGGAACCAGGACAGGUUGUCGCGGUCAGCACAGACCGAAUGACUGCGGUAUCUAAUCCACCUGCACAAAACGUCGGAGCUAGUGAUUCUACCGCUGCUGCCAUCAGCGCGUUGAGAGAGCAGACGAUCCAGAUGCAAGCGCAAAUGAACGUGCUGCCCAUGGAUAACCGUCGACGACCGCGACCACAAUCACGCUCUCGUACGAGAUACCGCCGCCGUUCGAGAUCCUGAAACACGCUGCGACAAGAUGGUUUAGCUUUUACCACGCUACGUUUCGGGAACGCGCGAGAAAA